UGGCCGGCGACAUUAGCUAGCGCUCGCCCUACGCUCUUCUCUGUAACAGGGGAACACGGACUACAAGGAACCGAACCGCAUCGCCCGCCCGCACCCCCGCUCGGACUGUAACCCACGCUCACGCCGCAUCCGCACGCAAACGGGGGGGGUUCGCUAGUUUGAAAAAAAAAAUAUCUUUUUUUCUUCCUAUUUUUUUUUAAAUUAAUAUUACAAAAAAAAGACAAAAAAACAACCAACGUAGACGGUGAAGCCCGCCCGGAGGGAGCGGGACCCGGCGGCGGCAGCGGGCGGCCGGGGGCGGCAGUUUGGUUGCCGUUUAAUUUCUGUGGUUGUUGGUUGCCGAGUUGUCUCACCAUGAAGGAGAACGGUGCACACUUCUUCGAAGGGACCGAGAAGCUGUUGGAGGUGUGGUUCGCCCGGCAGCAGCCCGCGCAGCAGGAGCCGCACCAGAGCAAGGGCUCCGGGGACCUCCGCACCAUCCCCAGGAUUGAGUGGGACAAGCUUCUGGAGAAUGUGCAUUGUUUGAUCAUAAGUGUGACAAAAACUGACAAGCAGGAAGCUUAUGUACUCAGUGAGAGUAGCAUGUUUGUCUCCAAGAGACGUUUCAUUUUGAAGACGUGUGGUACCACCCUCUUACUGCAAGCACUGGUUCCCCUGUUGGAGCUUGCUAGGGAGUACAGUGGGUUUGACUCAAUUCAGAGCUUCUUUUAUUCACGUAAGAAUUUCAUGAAGCCUUCCCACCAGGAGUACCCACAUAGGAAUUUCCAGGAAGAAGUAGAGUUUCUUAAUGAAAUUUUCCCAAAUGGAGCAGCUUAUUGCAUGGGGCGUAUGAAUUCUGAUUGCUGGUACCUGUACACCCUGGAUUUCCCAGAGAGUCGGAUAUCCAAUCAGCCUGAUCAGACACUGGAAAUUCUGAUGAGUGAGCUUGACCCAGUAGUUAUGGACCAGUUCUACAUGAAAGAUGGUGUUACUGCAAAUGAUGUCACUCGUAUGAGUGGAAUUCGUGACCUGAUACCAGGUUCUGUUAUUGAUGCUACAAUGUUCAAUCCUUGUGGGUAUUCAAUGAACGGGAUGAAAUCGGAUGGAACUUACUGGACUAUUCACAUCACUCCAGAACCAGAGUUUUCUUACGUUAGUUUUGAAACAAACAUAAGUCAGACCUCUUAUGAUGACCUGAUUAGAAAAGUUGUAGAGGUUUUCAAGCCAGGAAAAUUUGUGACAACCCUCUUCGUUAAUCAGAGCUCUAAAUGUCGUACAGUGUUUUCUUCUGCUCAGAAGAUUGAAGGGUUUAAACGUCUUGAUCACCAGAUUGCCCAAUUCAGUGAUUAUAAUUUUGUUUUUACCAGUUUCACGAAGAAUCGCCAGCAACAGCACAGUUGAUUAAGAAUGAAGAAAAAACGCAAAAAGAAAUACCAUAUAGAAGGUGGUGGUUGCUUUCUAGUUAACGAUUCAGGGGGCCAUGCUUUCCACUCCCACCACCUUGUAGUUGUGGAAAGCCCUAGGUGUAAUCAUAGUAUAACCAUUUUGAAUUGUAUGCAUUAUUAUAUCAAGGAGUUAGAUAUCUUGCAUGAAUGCUCUCUUCUGUGUUUAGGUACUCUAUGCCACUCUUGCUGUGAAAUCAAAGUGCAUGUAGAAAAAUCUUACUGUAUGAAACUUUACAACAUUUGUAAAAAUGAUUCAGGUAGAAUUACACACAGUAUAGUUUUUCUCCAGGUAUCACCAAAAAUUCCCCACAGACAAGGCUUUCGUCCUCAUUAGACUUUAGCCUCAACCUACUCACUGGAGUUGGUUCUCUGUUAAAUUGUCACUUUUUUCAUCUAUGUUGUGAUUUCAGUCUAAAACAGUUUUUGGCAAACUUUUAUGAUUUCUAAUGAAACUGAUUCCUGAUUAACACUUUCAUGUUUGGAAAACUUAAAACUGUUACAAAUUGUUUUGCUACUACAGGUGGUGGUUGAUUUAUUUUUAAAUCGGAGUAACUUUUCAUGCUCUACUCAAGCUUAUAAGAAUUUGCUCAGCUAUGCUGCAGCACUGGGCUAAUGCAUUGGUCUUUUAACUUGAGAACCUUGGGUCUAGGUACUAAUGCAGGUUAAUUGAUCUUACCCUAAAUGUUCCUUUAUCUGUCCGCAUCCCCGAGCUGUCACACUGCUACACAAUGGCAGAAUGUGAAGAAAGGUCCAAGACUUCUUGAUAGGGGAAGAGUUGAGUCAGGAUGCAAGCGCUUUGGUGUAGUUGUGCAACAGCUUUGCAGAGUGCAAAUUCAUAUUGGUACAAGACAUUUUCUUUCCUUAUCGCCAAUUAUGUCAGACUAAGAAGCUGGUGCUCUUGAGUGCUGGCAGCUAGAUCUGGUGAAAGAGUGGAAUUUGCCAGGCUGGGUGUGUUGAUUGGUUUGGAUUAUUCUCAGUGAAACCUGUGACCUACCACUUCUAACUGUAAAGCGUGCUUCUAAACUGGUCCAGUGUCACUUCAUUUGUUCAUGUUGUUCCAAGCAAAGCUAACGCCUUUAUCUUGUGACAGUCCUGUGACAUUGUUGUGCAUGUGACUUAAGUUGUAUUUGAGUGUUGUGACUUCAUCUGUUUUUUCCUCCUAACUACUAAGGUGGUUCCUUUAAUGGUGACUUGAGGGCGUUAAGUGAAGGCAUAGAAUAAGAACUGUCUGGGACACCUGUAUGGAAGUGAAGUGGAGUGCUGUUCAUGGAGCAUGAAUAAGUGUGUAAUUCAAAGUCACUUUAAUGGAUAUUGACUAAAAUCCAGGCUUCAAAGAGCUGGCACACUUUCAGCUCUGUUUGCAAAUACUGCUAUUCUAACAGCCAUGAGACCAGCAUGUUAACCACCAACUGAGACAUUUUUUUCCCUCUCUUGUCCUUGCAAUGUUUUGACUCUUUCUGGCUUGACGCAGUGACUUUUCUUUGUUCCUUCUUUAUUUAUAAAUGAAGCACUUUUUCAGUGCUUCUAACUAAAGUCUGCUUGGUUAGAAAUCAAGUGGUUGGAACAUUUUGAGUUUUUUUUAUUUUAAGCCUAUUUUGAUGUUCUCUACCAAUGUUAUAAAUUACAUGCUGUAAAUGGCACUAAAGCUUUUUGUAAUAUUGAGGACCAAUAUAUCAGUGUUUUCUUUGUAAACCUUGUCCCAGCUGACCUGGCAUUUGUUGGUCCUUUGAGCAGACUGAAGGUCCCUUUUCAAGUAAUACUGAAAUACACAUUUUACAAAUAGAAGCAUAAGCCUCGGCUGUAAAAAUGAAAGCUGUUGAAUGGAUUAUUGAACUAUCUAGGGUGAUCAGGAUGGGGGGAGUAUGGUGUUUAUAAUUUCAGUGGUGUUAGACUUUGAUCAUUUAAAAAUAUCUGUACCACAACUUAAUGCUUCAAUAAAAGUUCGCUUAAAUUGUU